AUUGUUUGGACGGGCGCGGCAAGAAUGGGACUUGUGUCAAUGCAUGCAAUUGUCUCUCCAUGAUAGAGGAUGUCAAGAAGAAGCAAUAUCCUCAGAUCUGCUCUUUUCAAGGAAACACGCCCAUUGUGUGCUGCACUGAUUGUGACAAAGUUGAACAUAUAAAUAAAGCUAUUGUAGACAAAACAGGUGCGAUACAUUUUAGAACUGGCAGGAAGGCUUACGAUGUAUGUCUAGAACACCUCGCCAACUUGCCGUUCGAAGGCUGCCCCACCUCGGGGCUGGUGAAGCUCUGGCACGAAGAGGAACAGUGCUACAAGUACUCGCACAAGUAUGGCGUGUAUGCCGCUCAUGUCGGCCAGGACGCGAGGAGAGGGCAGUUCCCUCAUAUGGCAUUGCUCGGCUAUGGCGGCGCAAUGGACACAGCUGACUGGUUGUGUGGAGGCUCCCUCAUCAGUGACAAGUUCGUGCUGACAGCUGGUCACUGUAUCUCCAGUGCCGUACUAGGCAAAGUCCGUUACGUGGCUAUGGGUAUCCUGAAACGCACCGACCCGACAGAGCGCUGGCACCGGUACCAUGUCUCUAGGAUAGUACCACAUCCGGAGUACCACGCGCCCUCCAAGUACCAUGAUAUAGCCCUGCUUGAAACGAGUACCAGGGUGACAUUUAACCUGCACGUGUUUCCAGCGUGCUUGAACAUAGACGAUCAGUUCUUGGGCGUGGUGACGGCCACAGGCUGGGGCGCGUUAGGACAUCAUAUGCAACUGGCUGACACGUUGCAGGCUGUAUCCUUACAAUCGUACUACGAGGAAGCGUGUGCAGUUCACUACCCGCCUCACAGACACCUGGUGCGAGGGUUCAACGGCACCAUACAGAUGUGUUACGGAGAUGAAGUGGGGGGGAAGGAUACUUGCGAGGGUGACAGCGGCGGUCCCCUGCAAGCAAAGCCGGUGCUGUCCACGUGUCUACACACUGUGAUAGGAGUCACCUCGUAUGGCAGGAACUGCGGGUACGCCGGCCAGCCCGGGGUAUACACCCGGGUCAAGUUCUACGUGCCCUGGAUUGAGAGCGUCGUGUGGCCUUGACUGUCAUGGCUGCCACGAAGGGUCUUGUCAACAGGGGCCCGAUUCUCCUAAUUUAACUUAAGCGACAUACGAUUCACGUUCGACUCGGUGCGACUGAGAUCCAAUCCAGACUCCAUUACGAUUGAAGCGUAUGUGGCAUUCCGCUAUUAUUUCUUUUAAAUAAACGUUUUUAUCCUUUUCUGUCAUUCAAUAAUGAAUAAUUUUGUCUGCAAAUGAUU